CGCAUGUGCCUUCCAUGGUUGUUAUGAGGAUGAAGUUGCCAAAACAUUAAAUGCGUGUGGUUUUUAUUCUGAAAGUUCAAUUCAACCUUAGUCCAAAGGAACUUGCUCCAAAGGGAUGAUUGGUCUAGUUUGGUGAUGCAUGAUCUAGUGCAGGAAAUGGGAAGAGAAAUCGUUCGCAUGGAAUCUCAAGACCCUGGAAAACGGAGUAGAUUGUUCAACCCUCAAGAAGUCAUUGAUGUUCUACAAGGAAAUAAAGGUUCUAAAAAAGUAGAAAUAUUGGUGGUAGAACGACAAGCAUUAAAGGGUGUGAAGCUAAGCACCAAAGUAUUUCAGAAAAUGAUAAAUCUUAGGGUGCUUAAAAUAGACCACUUACAUAUUAGUGGAGAUUUUGAGCUAUUGUCCAAGGAGCUCAGAUGGUUGUCUUGGAAAGGAUGUCCGUUAAAAUGUGUACCAUCAAAUUUUCCAUCUGAGAAACUUGUAUUUCUGAAUAUGAAAGGGAGCAAUAUCCAAGAAUUUGGUUUGAAUUUGCAGUAUUGUAGAAAUUUGAAAAUGCUGGAUCUCUCUUAUUGCAAGCGCCUCAGAAAAACUCCAAACUUCAACGGUUCACGAAGUCUCGAGACUUUGUGGCUUGAGAAUUGCUCAAGUCUGAAGGAGAUCCAUCCAUCCAUAGGAAAUUUGGACAGACUAAUUUGUCUUCGAUUGAGUGGUUGCAAAAAGAUUACUGAUCUUUGGAGCAGCAUAUGUCAGCUAAAAUCCCUUGAAAUCUUGUACAUUAAUGACUGCUCAUCUUUACAAACACUGCCAGUUGACAUUGGAGAUAUGCAAAGCCUAAGAUUUCUUAAUGCACGUGAAACAGGUAUAAAAGAAUUGCCUGGAUCUGUUGAAAUGCUAGGAAAUCUUAUAGAAUUGGAAAUGGGAGGUCAAUACUUUGAGACCAAAAGGAGGUUUUCUCAAACAAGAGUACGCCCUAUAGUAUCCUUGUCAAAAUUUAUUUCGAUUCUAUGCCUUCCAUAUUGUGGUUUUUCAGAGGCUGAUGUUCCUAGGGAUAUUGGGAGUUUAUCCAACUUAUAUCAUUUAGAUUUGAGCGGCAGCAGUUUCCUCUAUCUACCCUUUGAUUUUUCCAAGUUACAAUUGUUGAUGUCCUUGUAUUUGAAUGAUUGUGAGAACCUUCAAACACUCCCGUCAAUAUCAAAUUUAGAGUACCUUGAAAUUGUUGAACUUAGGAAUUGCCAAAAACUGGUCAAGAUUGCAGGGUUGGACAACCUCCCUUCAAUAGAGAAGAUGAACAUGAUUAAUUGUACUCGUCUGCAGAAUCCAUUCAGUGAAGGCUUCUUUAGUGCCCCUGCUCUAUCAAUUCCGUCUAGAGAACAUCAACGGUAUGAGCUGUCAUUACAAAUUAAUCUCGAAAGCAAUGAGAUUCCAGAUUGGUGCAGCAAUAAAGUAACAGCUCCAUCUAUCUGUUUGACUAUGCCCACAGUACAUUAUAACAAGUUCUUAGGAAUGGUUCUCUGGUUUGUUUGCCGCCUUUGCGAUGUACAUGAUCUUGAACACUUCGCUGUUACUGUUGCCCAUAAAAAGAGUACAGGUUUUCCGUGGAUUUGGCCUUUUGAUAGACCUAACAGUCACGGAGAAGUAUCAUGUGUAUAUUACUUAUCUUCCGUAAAUGAUAGACCUUUUAAAGGCCUGAACAUCAAAGGUGGGGAACAGAUAACAGUAAAGAAUGAAACUGACAGAGACUAGUAAAGAAGAUAGGGAUCCAUCUGUUAUACUUGGACCAACAUGGUAAUGUUACAUCUUUGCCGGGAGUUGUGGAUCAUUCUUAUACUCCCUCCUACCCACAAAGACUUUCGGGCAUAUCAACUCAAACAACAACAACACAUCCCACAAGUGAGGUCCGUAACAGUGGAUAUCAACGAACAAAGUUCUGAGAUUGUGUUCGGUACCAUGAAGAAUGUGUUCCAUAGAAAUAGGCCAUGGACCUGGAUCUACCAAAUGAUAACAAUGCCUCUAAAAUGUCUUUUUGGAAAAUGUUUCCCCGGAGAAUAAGUAGGUUUUCUUACUUAUUUUCUUGUGUUCAUUAUGUAAGAAAAAAGUUUGUUCUAAAAGUAUUUGUAUAUAACACCUUAGACACUACUA